AUGGAGUUUUGGAAACAGCUUUGCCUCGAGCACGGGAUUAGUAAAGAUGGUAUUCUCGAGGAUUUCGCUACUCAGGGAGGUGAUAGAAAAGAUGUGUUUUUUUACCAAGCUGAUGACCAGCACUAUAUACCACGAGCUCUACUGAUUGAUUUGGAGCCUAGAGUGAUCAAUGGUAUUCAGAAUGGUGAAUACAGGAAUCUUUAUAAUCAUGAGAAUAUCUUCCUUUCGGACCACGGUGGUGGUGCCGGAAAUAACUGGGCCAGUGGAUAUCACCAGGGGAAGGAGGUUGAAGAGGAAAUCAUGGAUAUGAUUGAUCGAGAAGCUGAUGGAAGUGACAGCCUUGAGGGAUUUGUUCUUUGCCAUUCCAUUGCUGGAGGAACUGGCUCGGGUAUGGGCUCUUAUCUAUUGGAGACUUUGAAUGAUCGCUAUAGCAAGAAGUUGGUUCAGACAUACAGUGUAUUCCCCAACCAGAUGGAGACAAGUGAUGUAGUUGUCCAGCCUUACAACUCACUGUUGACGCUGAAGCGACUUACAUUAAAUGCUGAUUGUGUUGUUGUCCUUGACAACACUGCAUUGAAUAGAAUAGCUGUGGAGCGUCUACAUCUAACAAAUCCUACCUUUGCUCAAACGAAUUCGUUAGUGUCAACUGUCAUGUCUGCUAGCACAACAACAUUGCGUUAUCCUGGAUACAUGAAUAAUGACUUGGUUGGCUUGCUUGCAUCUUUGAUCCCAACACCAAGGUGUCAUUUCCUCAUGACAGGAUACACACCGUUGACUGUUGAGCGCCAGGCAAAUGUUAUUCGUAAAACUACUGUGCUGGAUGUUAUGAGAAGACUUCUACAGACAAAAAAUAUCAUGGUUUCGUCUUAUGCUAGAAACAAAGAAGCUAGUCAGGCAAAGUACAUAUCAAUAUUGAACAUAAUUCAAGGAGAAGUUGAUCCCACUCAGGUGCAUGAGAGUUUGCAGAGGAUCCGAGAAAGAAAGCUUGUUAACUUCAUUGAGUGGGGACCUGCAAGCAUACAGGUUGCGCUUUCCAAGAAGUCCCCAUAUGUUCAAACUGCCCAUAGGGUCAGUGGUCUUAUGUUAGCAAGUCACACUAGUAUCAGGCACCUUUUCAGCAAAUGUUUGAGCCAAUAUGAGAAAUUGAGGAAGAAGCAAGCUUUUCUUGACAAUUACCGAAAGUUUCCCAUGUUUGCGGACAAUGAUCUUUCAGAGUUUGAUGAAUCAAGGGACAUAAUUGAGAGUUUGGUAGAUGAAUACAAGGCCUGUGAGUCUCCAGAUUACAUCAAAUGGGGAAUGGAGGACCCAGAACAGCUUUUAACCGGUGAAGGCAAUGCUUCAGGAGUUGUUGAUCCUAAGUUGGCGUUCUGA